AUGACCAAUAAAAGUACAAUUCGUCGUCGUCAAACAGCAGCAGCAACUACCACUGCUGCUAUUUCCUCUUCUUCAACAUCUUUACAAACCUCACCUAACAUCGAUGAUAAAUUAGAACUUGCAAAAAAUUCAACCAUUAAAGGAUUGUUUGAGGAAAUAUUAGAUAAAUAUUCUGAUAUUAAAACGAUCUUGACGAUACCAGAAUUACUGGCACCUGCAACAAAAUCAAGGGCACAAGGAACCCCCAGACCUCAAAAUGCAUAUAUAAUAUUUCGAAAGGAUAUUUCAAAAGGUUUAUAUAUUCUUAAUCAUAGAGAUGGUCAAAAAUCUAAAUCUGUAAUAUACACCUCUAAGAUAGCAAGCUUUAUAUGGAGGACAAUAAAAUCAUCGACGCGUGAAUUUGAGUUUUGGAUGAAAUUAUAUCGAAUCGCUUGCUUAAAGCAUUCAGAAACUUACGAGAAUUAUAAAUAUCGUCCCGUUAGAAAGAAACGUAAAGAAGACAACGUUACAAAUUUGGGAACUGAUUCUACAUCAAAUAUACAGCCUCCAAUUUCAAAUAUUCCAGAUGUUAAUGCUGCUGCAUUAAUCACAACAGACCAAGAAACGUUUAUCAAUCAACAACAAACACAACAGGAACAUCAUGCAACGAUCUCCGAUGACCAAGUGGACCCAAUGCUAUUUCAAGGGAUAACAACAAUAUUACCGGGAAUGCAUGACUAUUCCGUACCUGUUGAAAUUAACCAGCUCCCGACACAAAUCUAUGCUGCGCCACAAUACGCGGAAACCACGCUUGUGUCAUCCUAUACUCAACUCGAAAACCAUUUCUCAACGGGACUAACAAAUCAAUUUUACCAACAACCUGCAAUUCCGUAUGUUCCUGCAACAUAUUACUUACAAUCUCCGUCGAUUCAGACGAUUGGUGCUGAUACCCAAUACACAUAUCCAUCAUACGACGGGUGGGAUUUCAUAAGCCAACUAGAUAACAAUGGUUCGGGAAGUGAAGUGAUCGAUCCGUUCUUGUUACAGCAGUCUGAUGCCGAUCAAUCAUCGCCGGCGGCGCAAUAA